UUGCUCUUAGUCUCAUCGCUCAAUAAACAAAGGGGGAUCGUCUCUUAUCUCUUUCUCAUGGCCUCACCACACGCAACCAAACUGUCUCUUAUAAUCGGAUCUCAAAGGUUGGCUUGUUGGGAGCACUGAGACAUCAAACAUGGUUUCUUCUCUCUUUCACCCUUAAAAACCAAUUAACCCUAAAAAUCCCUUUUGCAGUAGUAUUAAUCUUAAAAGAAAAACUGGGCUUUUCCUCGUGUACUUGCUCUUAUCUAGUUUUAGUUUUAGUUUUUGAUUGAACUCUAAGAAGAAGAAAAAUGGAUAUGAGAAGCCAUGAAAUGAUAGAGAGAAGAAGAGAUGACAAUGGCAACAACAAUGGUGUUGGUAUCAUUGCAAAUGAAGAUAAUGUCAACGGUAAUAACAACAACACACGUGUCUCUUCCAACUCUCAAACCCUAGAUCACCACCACCACUCCAAGUCUCCCUCUUCUUUCGCCGCCGCUAAAACCACCGUACGGUACCGGGAGUGUCUCAAGAACCACGCGGCCAACGUCGGCGGAAGCGUACACGACGGAUGCGGCGAGUUCAUGCCGAGCGGUGAAGAAGGAACGAUAGAAGCUCUCAGAUGCGCCGCUUGUGACUGCCACCGUAAUUUCCACCGGAAAGAAGUCGACGGUGUUGGAAGCUCGGAUGUUAUCGCUCACCACCACCGUCAUCACCACCACCAUCAGUACGGCGGAGGAGGAGGAGGGAGAAGACCGCCGCCGCAGAAUAUGAUGCUUAACCCACUCAUGCUUCCUCCGCCGCCGAAUUACACGCCGAUGCACCACCACAAGUACGGUAUGAGUCCGCCUGGUGGUGCGGGAAUGGUGACGCCGAUGAGCGUCGCUUACGGAGGAGGAGGAGCUGAGUCGUCUAGUGAAGAUCUGAAUAUGUACGGACAAUCAAGCGGAGAGCAUGGAGGAGGAGGAGGAGGAGCGACGGGGGGACAAAUGGCGUUUUCGAUGUCUUCGAAGAAACGGUUCAGGACGAAGUUCACGACGGAGCAGAAGGAGAGGAUGAUGGAGUUCGCGGAGAAGCUAGGGUGGAGGAUGAACAAGCAAGACGAGGAAGAGCUCAAGAGGUUCUGUGGUGAGAUCGGAGUUAAGAGACAAGUGUUCAAAGUUUGGAUGCAUAACAACAAGAACAAUGCUAGGAAACCACCACCACCAUCAACAGUUACAGGAACUACUCUCUAAUGGUGAGAUUAUGUAAGAACUACUUAAGUGUAAGAUUAUGUAAGAGAUUAUCUUUUAAUCUAUUAUUCAUGUUGUUGUUGUUGUGUUUUAAAAUGUUGUCUAGGUUUUUGUAGCUUGUACGAUCUUUGGAUCAAUCAAUGGAUGUUUUGUUUGCGUAGUUAAUGUUUUCUUCUAAUUUGGUUUGAUUUUUUUGUUUUGUCUUUUACCAAGAUCGUAC